ACCUUGUUUUCUUCUUCCCACUUAAUUCCCACUUUCUCUUGCCCAUACAAAUUUUAUUCUCUCUCUCUCUCUCUCUCCUCCGUUUUCAACUGAAAUUUUUUCGCUCUUUAUACACACCCAGAUACCAUUCUGAUAAAUUAUUUUACUAUAUCUUACGAACACCUCCUGAAUAAUUUGAUCUGAGUCAACAUUGCUAGGGUUUAUUCAACUUCUUCAUAAAUAACUUCAAUUCGUCGAAUUCACACACAAAAAAGAAAAUUUUAUUUUGUGGCUAAUUUGAUUCAUUUCUACGAGAAUCAAUUAGCCCUUUAUAUAAUUCAUAUAUAAAUCAGAAUAUAUCUUCACAGUUAUUUACACGAAGGAGAAAAAAAUUGAUAAAUUUAAAAGUUUUUAUAAUUUUUAGGGAUUUUGAUAUAAAGAGAUAUGAUGGGGAGUGGAUUACAGUUUAAUCGGAGUUUUAACGGCGAAGAUCGGUUUUAUAGUGCGGGGAAGUUUCGUCGGAAUGUUAAUCGGAGUUUUUCUACCGGUAGUGAGGAUAAUCUCCGGCGAGCUAAGAGUGAUGUCCCCGUUAUUCAUUCCCCGACGAAGCCGAAAAUGAAAGUUGCCGCCGAUGAGUCGCCGGAGGAUCAGGUCUCCGCCGUGCCGCCGACGGAUGUUCUGCCCCCGCCGCUUUGUAAUCUUCAGCGGUUUUUGAAAUCUGUUUCUCCUUCAGUACCUGCUCAAUAUCUAUCUAAGACAACUAUGAGGGAUUGGAGGACGUGUGAUGUGGAGUUUCAGCCAUACUUUGUGCUUGGUGACUUAUGGGAGUCUUUUAGAGAAUGGAGUGCAUAUGGAGCUGGAGUUCCAUUGGUGUUGAAUGAAGGUGAUAGCGUAGUUCAGUACUAUGUGCCCUAUUUGUCAGGUAUUCAGUUGUAUGGUGACUCGACAAAGGCUUCAACAAAAACAAGUAGGCGACCAGGUGAGGAAAGUGAUAGUGACUAUUUCCGGGAUUCUAGUAGUGAUGGAAGCAGUGACUCUGAACAUGAGAGACGUUUGAAUUAUACAAGGGAGCAGCGGAUGUAUCAUAGCCAAACAAGUGAAAGCUCCCUUAGUAUUGACCGGUUAUCAUUAAGAGACAGGAAUGCUACCUUCCAAGAAGGAUUUUCAAGCGAUGAGGGUGAAUCUGGGUCUUCUCAGGGUGCCUUGUUGUUUGAGUAUCUUGAGCAUGGUCAGCCUUAUGGUCGUGAACCUUUGGCAGAUAAGAUAUCUGAUCUUGCUCAACGUUUUCCGGAAUUAAAAACACUGAGAAGUAUUGAUCUCCUUCCUUCCAGUUGGAUCUCUGUAGCCUGGUAUCCAAUUUACCGGAUACCUACUGGACCAACUUUAAAAGCUUUGGACGCUUGUUUUCUGACCUUUCAUUCUCUUCAUACACCCAUGACAGGAAGUCAAAGUGCUCAUCCUGCGGCGGUAACAUGUCCGAGUGAUACGGAUCCGGUCCCGAAGAUUCCAUUGCCUGCUUUUGGCCUUGCUUCAUACAAGUUUAAAGCCUCACUUUGGACCCCAAAUGGAGGAUCUGGAAGACAGUUAAUGAGCUUACUCUUGCAGGCUGCUGAAAACUGGCUAACGCUGCUUCAGGUCAAUCACCCAGAUUUCAGUUUCUUCUGCCAAAGGUGAAAACUAGAGUGUCUCCUCAGCCUGUGUGUAAGCAAAGCCCAGAGAACCAAUCUGUGCAGCUGUUGAUUUUGUGAGGACUCACUCUAAUCUUAAGUUAUGAUCCUGGUAUCUAUAUUAUGAGGCCAAGAGAAAUAUAAAAAAAAGAAAAAAAAAAGAAAAGAAGAAAGAAAAGAAAUAGUAAAUGGAUAAGCAGCCCCCAGGCAAGGGCUGAAUACUGAUUGGAGAGGAGCGGAAAAUAGUAAAGAAACAAACUGAGCUAAAGUUUGAGAGAAGUUAUGAACAAAAGAUCGGUAACAGAUGAGAAGAUGAGUAAAAAUGCCUAUGCAGAGGUCAAAAGACUGUGAAAGAAAAACAAGAAUAUUAAGCUGGCACUAAAGUGCUCCUCGUUUUCACCUUAUAGUAAGCAGGCUGUUUUUUACUGUCCCGAAUUUGUAGGUGUGUUAUUUAUAUUAGCAUCUAGCAGAUUUUGAUAGAGCUACUAUGGUGGUGAAUGUAGCUUCCCCAUGACAUGUACAUUAUCUUUUUAAUGACUUUAUUUGGUAGUAAUAAUAGACUAAUAGUUAAUAGACUAUUUAGGUA